AUGGUGGGAGAGGCUUCGAGGGUCUCAAGAUCGGAGUACUUGGAGGUGCUAGGAAGAGGAAUGGGAGCACUGGUGACCCACAGAGGAGGGAGAAAUCGAAUGACCUCUGAGCAGUUCCUGGCUCCUCAAGGCGCCGAGGCACAGGGCGAGAGGAAGAGACGAACCAGCAAGCUCGUUCAAACCACGUUGGAAUCUCGACCAGAGCAUCGACUGCAUUAUAAUCCAGCGGGGAAUCAUACCCCGAUCGCGGUUGUGAUGAUUGCUGGAGGCUUCAUGAUCCCUUCGUUCCAGUACGACAGCUAUGCGAAGGCUUUACAGCAGCUGGGUUACGCGGUCAGACUGUUCGAGGAUGGGAGCACGAUUGUAGAUCCCAAGACGAUCAAAGAAGGUGUUAGCGAUCUUAUCCGGGAGACGAAGAAGGCCUUGCAGUACGAGCAGGAGCUCUCCUUCAUUAGGGAAUCUGACAGAUAUGAGAAAGUUGGAAUCAGCAGCAGCAGCACCAGCACCAGCAGCACCAGCAGCAGCAGCAGCAGCAGCAUCCGAGGAGGUGCUGGGACAUCGGGCUCGAGCUCUAGGCGAUUCAUCCGGCAGAUCAUGCGGGCGGAAAGAGACUCUGUAGCAGCCUUAGAGAGCAACGAGCUCCUGACAGCUGCAGGCAAAAUUCCUCGCUCAUCGUCCGCUGCAUCGGCAGCGGUCAAACUUCAACCAGCAGGUGUCAGUCCCGUCAGCCCGGCGUCAGCUGAGGGCGUCACCCCGCCACCCAUUGUGUCGGACAUGGCUGAGCUGGAUCAAGAGCUUCCUGUCAUCUUCGUGGGUCACUCACGAGGAGCUAAGCUCGCGAUUGGAGCAGCGAGCGCCUUCAAGGGCCGAGUUGGAGCUCUUGUCCUCUUCGACCCCGUCGACAGCACCAACUAUGAACCUGACACCAUGCUACCUCUCCUCACAAACUUGCGAGUCCCCGUCGCCAUCGUCGGGGCUCAGGCGGAUGAAGGGAUGUGUGCACCGUACGGAGCCAACUAUGUAGCUUUCUACUCGGCUUUGGAGAAGUCGGGAGCGCCAAGACUUCUUGCUACCUUACCUCACGCUGGGCAUACUCAACUGCUGGAUGUGCGCGAUGCUCUCCUGGUCGACCCUUGCGCUGCUGGUUCAGACGACGAUGCGUUCGUGCGACAGGUGUGUCUCGGGACCAUGGUGUCUUGGAUCGAGUGCUGGUGCUCCUCCUCAGCUUCCGCCUUGUCCGUCAGAGAGAUGCAGGCCUUUCAAGAAUCCAAGCACGCGCGGAGCAAGGUCGAGCUGUGGGCAUCGUUGGCGGACAAGGUGAAACGGGACAAUCUUGUUGAGAUCCUCCGGCAAACACCCUGGGGAGCUCAAGUUGACUGGACGUCCUCAGGCUUGUAGAGUAUCCGCCAACAGGCUCGCAGCCUACAUACAAACAGUGACUUUGAGACUCGUUACUGAUCAAAGUUCUUAACGG